AUGAAUCGUAUAACAAUAAUAUUAAUAGUAUUAUUGGGAUUCGAUUUUCUCUACAGCAAUGCAUUCACGAUACAAUCGAUGUCACCAAUGAUUGCUUAUCGAGGUGGAAACAAUAAAUUUCGAAUUGUAUCUCCUGAUUUCCCAGUUGCGAAUCCACCAACACUCAAAGUUGUAAAUGCUGGCAAAGAAACAAUUUUCGAUUCGUUUCAACAAGUAUCUCCCGGAAUAUUUGAAUGGAUUGUACCAAGUUUACCAGAAUCUAAUUUACAACGUCAAAAGAGAAUCAAUUCAGAAAUUGGAACCGUUAAGUUCAUCAUUCAACUUCAAGGAUCGACUUUAAACUUUUUCGAACAAGAUUUCGAAUAUGUUGGUAUGUAUUUAUCUAUCUUUCAUUCAUUUCGUAAAUUCAUUAAAAUUAACAUUCAAAUCAAAGAACCAAGUAUAAUGAUAAGUCCUGAACAAGUUUAUACAGAUGUGGUUGGAAUAGAAAUGAUAAUGAGUGGAAAUCAUCUUAGACUUAAUAGUUUUGACCAACUACCAGAAGUCAUCUUUGAUGACACCACCUCUGUUAAUAUCAAAUCUAUUGAUAAUAAUCAAAUCAUUUGUGAUAUUCCAGUUUCCAAUACUCCAAAAAUUUCAACUAUCAAGAUUCGAUUCUAUACUGGAUUGGAAAUAGAUGCUCGAAGAAAUCUGAAGUAUAUAUUACCGAGUACAAAAAGUGUUAUUCCAGACAGUGUAGCUUCUGGAGUCAGUAAGAGAAUUUCAAUAUUUGGAUUCGAUAUUGUCCAACUGACAAGCACACCAACCGUUCGAAUUGCACAACAAGAUUGUUUAAAUGUCAUCCAUCAAAAUGGAAUUUUGUCAUGUGACAGUCCAAUAAUUAAUAUUCAAUCAGGAACUUUGCAAGAAUUCGUUAUCGAAAUUGACUUAAAUGGAAUAUCAAUAUCAUCAUCUGUAAAACUGACUAUUUAUCAUCCUGAAAUUCAAAAUAUAAAUCCACCACACAGUGUAUGGAAUGGAGGAGACACAAUCGAUAUUUUUGGUCAAUAUCUCCAAGAUAUUGAAUCGAUAUCGAUUGGUACUUCAAUUUGUAAUUUGAUUCAUGGAUCGUUCAGUCGCAAUCAAUUUAAUGACAAGAUAUCUUGCAUAACAUCUCGAUAUGAUCUUGGUGGAUCAUCAGAACAAGAUUUGGAUGUUAAUUUUGUAAUUGAUGAUAAAAUCUUUAGCUCAUCGAACAACUUUAAAUUCAAAUAUCAUUCACUCCAAAUCAAUAAAAUCAUUCCAAAUCCUGUUGUUAAUCUUGGUUUACAUAAUAUUCAAGUUCAAGGUUGGUUUCGUCAAAAUUCAAAAGUUCAAGUUGGUCAAACUCAUUACACACCAAUUAUUAUAUCAACAAAUACAAUCACAUUUCAACUCGAUACCAAAAAUCAUGCAACAGGAAGUUAUCCAGUGACAAUCAUUGAAAAUGGAAUUACAAGUAAUAUUCUAAAUAUUAAUAUCGGAGAAGGAACAUUUGUUGGUAUUAAUAUCGACAGAGGACAUUCAAAAUCAUACACACCAGUUUCAAUUCAAGUUCAUAACUUCCCAGAAGUAGAUCAAGAGAUUCUUGAUGAUGUAAUUUCAUUUAAGAUUGGGAAUCAAUAUUGUGAAUAUCUUGAAAGAUCAUCAAUUAAUUUAUUCACAUGUUCAAUACCUCCAAGAGGAUUAGUAUCAGAUGAACCUAUUUCAUUUUCUAUCAACGGACAAACAGUCGAUACAACAAAAGAAUUUUCAUUUGUUGAACCAAGUGUGACUUCAGUUUCACGAACAAAUACCAACCCAACAGGUGGUGUAACUUUGAUUCGAUUUGGAUCAAUUGAAAUCCAAUCAUCCAGUUGCACUUUAAAUGGACAAACAAAAUUGACUUGUCAAAUACCAAGAUACAAGUCAGGAAGUUAUGGAAUUACAUUGAUUGUAAAAUCAAAUGAUGAUGAAUAUUCAUAUCCAUCGAAUUUCAAAAUCGAUUAUGUUGGUCCGAAAAUUGAUAAAUUAAUACCAAUUCAAGGAUUUGAGAAAAUUAUUCAAACUCUCACAAUCGUUGGAACUUCUUUUGGAACUGUUUCCAGUCAAGUAUCAAUUUCAGUGGGAUCAUCAUCAUGUAAAAUUCAAAAAAUCACCAAUACUCAAGUAAUAUGUAAAAUGGAAUAUUUAUUGAAAAAUGGAACACAUUCAGUGACGAUCACAGUGAAUGGAGUGUCAUCUGGAGAUGAUAUUGUUUUCAAAUCAAAUAGAUUAUCAUGUCUUGGACCACCACUUCCUGACAAAAGUAACAAUGCAGUUGAUUGGUGGUUUGUCUAUAAAAUCAGUUAUACCAAUGAAUAUUUAUAUAUCGACUCAACAAUGGAUCGACUCAAACGUCUUGAUAACCUUCAACAUACAAUAUCUAACGAUUUCAGUGUAUUCAGUCCAAUUGAAGCUACUUUUAAUCAACAUAGUUAUUAUUACUAUAUGUUUUUUAAUGAUCAACCUGAAGGAAGAACUGAUACAGGUGGAAGGUCAGGAAUGGUAUUUUGGGAAGAUCCUGAUGUCAACGAUCAUAUCAAUGGAAUUCAUAUUCAUCAUUCAAAUCCAGCAUUUCCAGGUUAUACUUCAGAAGAUAAGGAUGAAUACCUCACACCAAAAGAUAAAGUGAAAUUCCUUGGAAGACCAGACAAUAGUCAACAUUUCUUUUGUUAUACAUUCAAUCAUCUUGAUGAUGUUGCAGAGUAUUACUUGAAGAAUGAUGGUUAUCUUCUCGAAAAAAACAAUGUCUUUUCAAAUAUGAAUAGUUGGACAAAUAACACACAAGAUAAAUACCCAUAUCUUUAUGAUUAUUUAUCAAUUAAUUAUAAUGUCCUUCUUAAAGCACGUGUACAAAGAGGAACCACACCGAAAUCUAAAACACAAAAACAACUUGUUGACGAUUGUGAACCCAAUAUCAUACAAAAUACUCGACUUGAAAAUAUAUGUUGGUGGAAGAAAAACCCAAUCGAAAUUGGUGGAAAUUUGAAGAUUCAAUACUUUAUGAAAAUUGGAAACAAAGAUUCUCUCUUUGAGAAAGCUAAUAUUCACAACAUUGCAAAUUUAAAUGAAUAUGUUGUCAUGAAAACAUCAAAGCAAGCUGAUAAAUCGUUAAAAAGAUCAGUGGAUGGAGUUGAUAUUUGGACAGUUCUGGCAAAAGAAAUGGAUAGAAAAUAUUUUGUGGAUUUCUUUUACGCAUCAAAAAAUAUUCAGACUGAUAUUUCUUCAGGAGUGUCAAAUGUUGGAUUUUUAAAUUUUCCACCAUAUCUCAGUAAUCCUCAACUAAAUCUCGAAACAAAAUCUUUUAAAUUCUCUGGUUAUUCAAAUGAACAUUCGAAAUUAGGAAUUCCGAUGUAUCCUACUUAUGGUGAUCAGGCUCUCAAUGAUAAAGAAAAUUAUUUUUGUUUUGGUGAUUCAAACAGACACAAUGGUCAAGCUGGUAGAGGAGGUGGUCUGGUUUGUAUACAACACCCAACACUUUCAUAUCAAUUCAACAGAAUGGUCCGUCAAUACAAUGUUGUAGAUAGAAAUAAUGUUUUGACAAAACCCAAUAAAGGAAACUCAGUAGAUCUAUUUUGUUCAGUUACACAACCAAUCAAAGUUCAAAGAGGUCAAUGGUCGAAUACAUAUGAAGUGGAGGUUAAAGAUUUCAUUAAUGGAAAUCACAUUUCUAAAUAUCCAAGAGAGAUUCAUGAAAUCACUCCAAACCUAAAGAAUAAUCCUCCUACUCCUUAUGAUAAAAUUAGAGCUGAAUUCCCAGCACUAAGAACCACUACAACAUUUGUUGCUCCUAAUGGAGAGAUAUCAAGUAAUGAUGUAGAACCAACUCUCCCAAGUACUCCACCUGAUAUUAUGAAUUAUGUGGCAAAUGACUUGUUUUCACUUCAUUACGUUGCAUUUGACAAAGAUGUUGGUUCUAUUUGCAGUUUUGAUUCGACAUUGACAGAAUGCACCAAAGACAAAUCAAUUUCUUCUUUGAUAACAGAACCAAAAUAUGGUAAACCAAUCAAUUUUCCAAGUUUACGUUUAAUUCAAUAUAACGAUAUUCAAAGCGAGAGAACAUUUGAUUUAUCUUCAAAUGAUAAUUUCAAAGUUUUGGAAUUCACUUCUAAAUUCAUUAAUUAUCUUCCAAAUGCCAAACGAAACUUCUAUCAAUUCAUGGAAUCACAAUUAAAUUCGAAAUCAUAUUUUGAAGCACCAUUUAUUUUUGGAGUUCAAAAGGUUUGUGAAGAAGAGAUUGCAUAUUAUAUGACACUUCAUUAUAUCUAUUAUCAAUCUGGUGCACUACCUUCUUCUUCUUUGAUUUACACAAUUGGUCUAAACAAUCCAAAUUGGGCAAAUGGUGUGAUAUUAGCAAUCUCAAAGAAACUUUACAAUGUAAUGUCGAACAAGCAAAUUCCAAAUUUCGAUAAAUGUAUGAAUAAUGUAUUUUCUAAUCUUCAAAAUAUUGAAAGUUUUCCAGAUAAUCAUGAUUUGGUUAAUCCUACUGCAGAUAUAAUUUUCAGAAGGAGUGCCAAAGCAGCAUGGGAUUGGAUGAAUCCAACCUAUUCAAAUGGUAAUGGUGGAAAAGGAGACAAACUUUCAAGAAUUGACAAAGAUAAUAUUAUUCCAGUUCACAUUUUAUUGGAGACAGUUAUCAAAGCAAGACAGAAUGGAUAUAUCUUGAAUAUGAGUAAUUUGAGAAGAUUCAUUGAUAUACAAUACAUUUCAGAAGAAAACUUUAAAACUAUUCUCGUUAAUAAUUAUAUUAUUCCAGUACCUUCAAAUCCAAUCGAUGUUAAUUCAUUCAAUUCUCAGAUUAAAAAGAAAUCAAUAAUGUUUUCAAAAUCAAUUUUGAACAAUGUUGAAAUCAAGAAUUACAAUCAGCUAUCACCACUUGUUCAAGAUGAAAGAGUCAUCAGAUCAGGAGUUCAACAAUUAAUUUCAAUCACACCAAAAUCAAUUCGAUUGGAAGAUAUUUAUUCAUUGAAUUCAAAUGAAUUGUCAAAUCUCGAGAAUUCAAUUGACAAAUGGAUCACAAUCAACGAUCAAAGUCAAGCAAUUCAAACACUAAUUAUCAAUAGUUUCAAUCAAUUUGAAAAUCAUGCAAUCAAAUUCAUUGAUGAAAUCAAUCGUGAUCUCGAUGGUAAUUCAAUCGAUCUCAGUACCCAACAAACUGAAAGUAACCAAAAAAUAAUUAGCUUAUCAUCACCAAUUUCAAUUGUUUCGAUAACAUUCAUUCUUGAAAGUAUUUUGAUGAGUAAAUCAACAAUUCAUUCAACAUUUGGAGAUUUCGAAGUGUAUUAUCUUCCAAAACCGAAUUUUUAUGAUGGUGUUUAUGGAAUGAUAAUAUCGACAAUCAAUUCGCAACUUUGUGAUUUCCAAAUGAUCAGUGAAUCUGAUUUCCAAUCAAAUAAUUUCGAUAUGACAUGUCCAUCAUCAGGACCAAUCAUAACAUCAGUAAAUCAAUUGAAUGGACCAACCAAUGGUGGAUAUAAGAUUACAAUCAAUGGAAUUAGAUUCAAUUCAUCAAUGACACUCUCAGUUGGAGAACAACAAUGUGUUUCAACAGAAUUGAUUUCAAAUCAACAAAUUGUUUGUCAAGUUCCAAAAGGAAGCGGUCGAAAUAAUCUGAUUCAAAUUUCAACACAACAAAUCUCAUUCAAUAUCCAGAGAUCAAAAUUCAUAUUUUCAUAUGAUUCUCCCACGAUCACAAAUAUUGAACCAGAAAUGAUCAAGAGUUAUGGAAAUGAUAUCAUGACAAUUUAUGGUUCAAAUUUUGGAGAUAAUAUCAAAGAUAUCAGAGUUUUGAUUGAUGAUAAACUUGAUUGUUCACCAAUUCUAAGUAUUUCAUCAAAUUCAAUUGCAUGUUUAACACCGAAUGCAAUUGGAGAUCAUCGACAUGUAACUGUUAUUGUUCAUGAUCAAUCAUCGAAAUUGGCAUUAUAUUCGAUUGGAACACAAUCAUUCAGUUUCGGUGGACCAGAAAUUCUCAAAAUCGUUCCAAAAUCAGGAGAUCCAACAGAUAAAGUUGUAAUUCUUGGAAAUGGAUUCGGAAAUGAAGAAGUCUAUGAUCUUCCACCUCUAUUAUUCAUUGGAGAUAAUCAAAUCGAAAUUGAUAAUUUCACCAACAAUUUCAUUGAAUUCCAAUUGGAAUAUGAAACAUCAAAACAACCAGUCAUUAUCCAAUCAGGUGAUCAAACAAUCCAAUCAGAAUUCGAAUAUUAUUCAACAAUAAUCACAAAUAUCAACAACACUGAAAUUCCAACGAGUGGUGGUUUGAUUCAAUUGAAUGGAUUUGGAUUAGGAUUAUCAUCAAAUGAACAAUUGGUUGUCAAACUGAAUGGAAUCGAUUUAGAUUGCACUUCAUUCGAUUUGUUUGUUGAAUGUUAUGUUCCAUCUGGAUAUGGACAAUCAUAUCGAUUAUCAGCAACAAUCAAUGGUGUCGAACUCUUACCAAAUCAAAUAAUCUCAUAUUCGCAACCAGUGAUCAACAAUGUUAUAAUCAAGAAUGAUUUGAUUGAAAUAUCAGGCAAUAACUUUGUUCCAAUCGAGAAUGGAUUCACUGUCACUGAAAGUUCACAGAUUGUAUUAUUCUAUGAUGGAUACACCACCACUUUUAAAUCAUUCAAAUCCAGUAUUCUUGCUGAAUGUUUGACCACUAAACUACCACAAUCUAUUCAAAUCAUCGUUGGUGGACAAUCAUCAAAUAUUUAUAAUUUAAUUUGA